GGAAGAAUGGCUGGCUCUUAUAAGAGAAACUUCUAAAGGUUAUUUGGGGGUGGAGAUGAUAAAUGUGAGAGCAGAGAGCCUUGCAGAACUGCUGCGUGAGAUUGUGCCUAAAGGGAAGAGAGGAGCCACUCAUUCAGAGCUCUUCAUGUUGGCUGGGGAAAGUGGUGUGCACGAGAGGAGGAAAGUGCUGGCAUGCUGCGCUCCUCAGGGGAGGUGGAGUCCUUCACCUUUGCUCUGGAGUGCAAUGGACUGCUGAAGGAAAGGCAAAGGCUUCUAAUAUUUCGUACACACUUUUCCAUGGUUUGGCAUGGACAUUGGGGGAACUUUAGUGAAACUUGCGUAUUUUGAACCUAUUGAUAUCACUGCAGAGGAGGAGCAGGAGGAAGUUGAAAGCUUGAAGAGCAUCCGCAAAUACCUGACUUCCAAUGUAGCCUAUGGAUCCACUGGCAUUCGAGAUGUCCACCUUGAGCUGAAGGACUUAACAAUUUUUGCUCGAAGAGGAAACUUGCACUUUAUUCGAUUCCCAACUCAUGAUUUGCCUACUUUUAUCCAAAUGGGAAGAAAUAAAAACUUCUCAACACUACAUACGGUGCUUUGUGCCACUGGUGGUGGUGCUUACAAGUUUGAAGAAGACUUUCGCACAAUUGGGAACCUCCAGCUGCACAAACUGGAUGAGCUUGACUGCCUUGUCAAAGGCUUACUGUAUAUAGACUCUGUCAGCUUCAAUGGCCAGGCAGAGUGCUAUUAUUUUGAAAAUGCCUCAGAUCCUGAGAGAUGCCAAAAGAUGCCUUUUAACCUGGAUGAUCCAUAUCCAUUGCUGGUUGUUAACAUAGGUUCAGGAGUCAGUAUUUUAUCAGUCCAUUCCAAAGACAACUAUAAAAGAGUAACUGGAACAAGUCUAGGUGGAGGGACCUUUCUUGGUUUAUGCAGUUUGUUGACAGGCUGUGAAAGUUUUGAAGAAGCUCUGGAAAUGGCAUCCAAAGGAGACAGCACGCAUGCUGACAAGCUGGUUCGAGAUAUUUAUGGAGGAGACUAUGAAAGGUUUGGCUUGCCAGGAUGGGCUGUAGCAUCCAGUUUUGGGAAUAUGAUCUACAAAGAGAAGAGAGAGUCUGUUAGUAAGGAAGAUCUUGCAAGAGCCAUACUGGUCACCAUCACCAAUAACAUUGGGUCUAUUGCCCGGAUGUGUGCAGUAAAUGAGAAAAUAAACAGAGUUGUGUUUGUUGGCAAUUUUUUACGUGUGAAUACUUUGUCAAUGAAGCUUCUUGCGUAUGCACUGGAUUACUGGUCAAAAGGCCAGCUGAAGGCCUUGUUCUUAGAACAUGAGGGAUACUUUGGAGCUGUUGGUGCUCUUCUUGGGCUGCCAAAUUUCAGUUGAAAGACCAGAUGUCACUACACUGAACUAUUUUCCACCUGAAUGACACUUGUUCAUGUCAAUGGGAACUAAAUCUGGGGAGGACAGAAGAAAAUAGCAGAUUUUCUGUAACUGUUUUUAAGAAGUGAUUAGCUACUGAAUAUUGUCAUUAUAAGGAAGGGGUUUUCACUCUCUUGGGCAUUGAAAAGUGAACUGUUAGGGGAUAUCAUUUCUUUGGUACAUGUAGCCAGUAUUGAACUUUUAAUAUGCAAUACAUCCUCUGAAAACAAGCUUCCAGAAGGACUGCCACACCUUUUAAGUGCUCAGCAUGAAAAUACUGCAAGUUUACUCCUGAGGCUUUAGGCCCAUCAGUUUUGUAUAUAAUUGAUGAAUGAAGAAUUAUUUUCAUUAGUUGUACUACGUUACGAGCACAGUUUCCCACGUGUACUUACAGAAAACAACUUCAAAAACAGUAAGGUACUAUCUACAAGAUGAGGGAACUGUAGACAAUUGCUUCCCUCAGUAAGAAUAGUAAUUAUUUUAUGUGUAAUGAAAUAAUAUUAAUGCUUUAAUUUUCAGUGGGAAGAACAGACACACAAAAAUCAGCCAAAGCAGCAGAUUAAACAGUUGAUGUUUUGAAGGUUUGGUGAAGAUGUUCACUUGCCCUCUUUAUUUACUUGAAGAUACAGCUGGUAUUUUGGGAAGAUCCCUUCUGUCUUGGGUUGGGUUUGGAAAAGAAUUUAAUGAUUAAUGUAUCAUUUGGGCUUGGGGUUUGUUUUUGGUUUUUUUUUGAGGACAUGAUUUCCAAAAUGCCUUCUGGUUUGGUUUUUUGUCUCAAAUUCUGACAUCAUGUGUCAUUAUUUGUAAAGGUACGACAAAACCUGAGAGAAUUAAAGCCUUGUAAAACAAAUUAAAUAUUGGACCUCAUAAUUCUGAUGCUUUGGCUCAUUUCUGUAGAGGUUUGGAAAAUUUCUGCCCCAUCCUACUAAUUUGAAAAUGUAAUUUUUUAAUUUUUUUUUAACUUUGUAAGAUCAGAUGAGAAUCUAAUUAGAUGUUGAAAAUGAAAGGUUGUUAGCUUGCUUUUGGAUUUGGAAGCUUGUUUUUGAAAGUUGAGGACAGCAUCAGAGUUUGUAUUGCAGCACCAAACGGACCAAUAUUUAGUGCACUUGCAAUAUAGGAACCAUUCAUCAAAUUGUGGCCUUGGGAUAAAAUCCGUACUCUGGAACUGAUCUUUGGGUUUUUCUGUAUACUUUUGAAAUUUACAGUUGUGAUUACUGUAGUAAGUUUAGUCCUGAAGCCAGGGCAUGAGAUCUUAAACUUGUAAGAAUAUCAAACAGUUAUUAGCUAUGUAAGUCUUUGGACUAAAGAGCUACCCAAUUUUCUGAUACCAUUUUAAUGUUAAAUAUUUCCUAUAAGUGCACGAGGAGCAACCAGAGUAGAACACAUUCGUAUCUUGGGGUUUAAGGUAUUUUUAAAACUGAUUGCUUGAGUAUUCCACAGCAUGGCUGUGUGGUAUUCAUAGACACAUCCACCUAGUGUGUUAGAAACCUCUAUGUGCUAUUUUCGGUCUUCUCUUUCUUAAAAUUCAAAGCUGCAUACUAAUAUCAUAUACUUGGUUUUUAAAAAACAAAUUCUGUGGUCCUUUAAGAGUAUAUUGACUUAGAGUAGCCAAUUCAUUAAGCCCAAUGCCAAUUGCAAAUGCAGUUCCAUUUACUGUUGCUUUUCCUGGUACUUGUACUACAUUGCCAUCGUGCUUGCUGUGUUUCAUUUUAGAUACAAAAACCUAAACAAGAAUUACACUCACAGUUCAACUGAUCUAAUGCUAAAUCAGAGCACUUCAGAAAAUAAGUGAAUAUGGUUUUUAUAGAAUCUCUUUAUAAAUGCUGUAUAGUGUUCCUUUUGAGUUACAAUUGACUAUAGAAACUAACCUUUAUUUGGUUAUAAAACUUUGUAAAAACUUAAUUUUCUGAAUGUUUUGACAGCCUCCUGAAAAUUUUGCAAGCCAAUUGUGUAUUUUUCUUGGAAAGUGAAGUACUUUAAGACGCAUACUACAGCUUGAUUAGAAACAGUUCCUUUAGACCAUAUUUAUUGCUACUUCACUUCUCGCUUUGUGAUACUGAAAGAGAGCUGCUCUUGAAGCCGUAGUUAAAGUUACUUGUAUAGUUAACCCAAAGCACAUGUAGAAGAUGAUUGCCUAAUGACCAUGGUUCAUUUAAACCAUUUGAAGUUGAUCUGACCUAAGAUACAUUUUUAAAGUAAAUUGUACAGAGUUACAGAAUAAAUUAAUGGAGUAAUUCUUGAAUAGCUGUACUGUAUAGAAACUACUGUGAGAAUCAAAGUAUGCCCUACCUCUAUUUUACUUCCCUUGAGCUUCUAAAAAAAAUUGGCUUCCUUUUGUUAGUGUUAUCAGCACAAUUGUUACUUCAUUACAAGAGCAACCAGAGUUUUCAAGCCCUACUGUAAAGCCCAGGGGUCCUGUAUUUAAGCCACAGGUUUGGGUUUCAUCUCCAUUUUCUCUCACCUUAGAACUUGUUACUAGAGUUUCCAAAGAUUGACUCCACCACCAGUAGAAAUGCUAGGCAUCACAAAUAGUUGGAAGAUAAGCCUUGAAGUCUUUUCAUCUAAAUUCUCUUCUAAAUAGGUUGAAAAGGCUUGUUUCUUUUAGACAAAUCACUGAAGUAACUUCCUUUUUCCUGAUCUUCUCUGUUUUUACUUUCACCCUUGCUGUUUCUUUUCCUCAAAGCUAACUGGCUGAAGCAGCUUUAGAGUGAUUCGAUGUGAUGUACUACCCUAGAGAAAACCUGGGGUUUUCUCAGGGCUACUGUUGUCUUCUCAAGUGGAACCACUUCUCUAGAGGAAAGUUGUGUGAUAUUUCUUCUUAAAGUUCAUUUUGAAUGUGUAAUUGCUUUCAGCUGAAUCAGCCAUUUGAGUGCCUGUUAAUUUUUUCAUAUGAUGCCAGUUUUGCUGGUACUACUGGGACUUUAUCCAGAAGGUUUCCUAACCAGUGUUGCUCACCAGAGAAAUGGCAGAUAAUAUUACUGGCCAUGAAAAAUGACCAUGAAGAUCAUCCCUUCAAUCCAGUGUAGCUAGAGGUGCCAGGAAAACAGCAUCACGUUUCUGACUUUCUAUCCCUGUAGCCCUUAUCUUGGGGUAAUGCUUUUGCGUUUCUUGGUGUCAUCCCUCCAGCUUGGUCUUUUUAAGUAUGACGCACAGUUUUAUUGUAUUAGUAUGUCCCUAAAAAUCGUGCAAGUUUUUAGUCAGAUAGGUACAGAUUAUUUCUGGCCAAAGAAGUUCUUUUUUAGAUGAAGCUAUUCCAAAUUGGUAUGGCUAUUAAACUUAACCACUUUCACCUUUCUAGUUCUACUAGGGUAACUGCAAUUUGAAUGAGAAGGGAACAAUACAUUUUGAACACUUAGCAAGCUGGAAUGAACGCAUCCUCAGCAUUCUUUACUGAAGCUAGCAGAGGUUUAAGUAUAAAGACUUGUUCAUUCUUUUAGUAAAGCCUCAAUAAAUUCAACAGUUUAGAGAUAAAACAGCACUGAUACGUUUUCUGUCUUACAGUUUGGUCCAGAUUUUCAAAAGUUCUUCAGAUAUCCGACCUGCCUUUUGAAGAUCUGUCCCUCUCUCUCUGUAGUGUUCUGCAUGCAAGCACCUCUGUGAUUGUACCAACAUCUCCAUUCAUAAUUUGAGAGUUAGGGCGUGGAAGGAAUGAGACCACAUUGCCCCACUUACUCUCAGCCUCUAUAUUAAGAACAAAAGUUCAGUUCUGGCUUCUCAUAUCAGCUAAAUAUUCCUUCAGUAGUACUGUGAGAUUCCUACCUGCAUUUAAGUUGGUAGUAUACAUACAAAGGUGAUCAUAUUGCCUUUAAAGGUUGUAAUACUAACUCUUUGUCUCUAUCCAGUGUAGGUCUUGAGGAAAUACCUACUUCCGGAUAAGUUGCAAUAACUUCUCAUUUCUAAAUGUUUUAGAGUAAUGGUGGCAUUUUAACAUUUGGAACUAAUUAAAGUGUCUUUUAUCUAGAGCAAAUCUGUGCUGCUUAAAGACUAGAUGGUGUCUUAUGCAUUCAGUCAUUAACUUACAUUAAUGCCUAAAUUUACAUUCAACCUAUUUUUAAAUAUCACUUUCACUGUUCACAUUCUGGAUACUUGAUGGCUAUAAUCCUGAGGAAACAGCUUAGUUGAGUUCAGAGCAGAGAUGAAGGUCAGUGUGGUUCUGUUGAGCUAGUUGUGGACAGCUUUUUAUCCUGAGCCCAUUUGCACACAUAACGAGCUUAGUGUUUUCCUAGUGACAGAGCUUUCUGCAUCCUUUUUUUUUUUUUUUUUUUUGGAUUAUGUAGGCUUAAAGAACACAUAUGUAACAGAGCUUUGUUUAGGUUAUAAACUGAACAAAAAUCUGUACAUCAGAUCAGAAGCGUUUGGCCAAGACCUGUUGGUUGCAGUGCAGAGCUAGGAACAUGCUUGACACAUGCAGUUACUGUUUUGGUUGUAUUAAUUUUUCCAUUUCCUGGUAACGCACAGUGGGAAGGGGGAGACUUAACAAUCAUUGUGGAUAAAAUGGGUGAAUUAAGUCCUCAGACAUGACCAUGGGAGCUGAAAAAAAAAAAAGUUUUAUCGCAGUAUAGAGGGAUAAUUCUCUGCUUACAUUCUUUAAGUUUUACUGAUAUAUUCCAAAGUACAUCACCAGUAUUCUGUCAUCUGUGAUAAAAUUACUAAUUCUUUAAGUUUAAAAAGAGUCUGCAAAGAAGCCUGUUUUAUUAUAAGUUUUGUUUACUUCACACAUGUAAAGCAUAUUAAGUAUUUUUAAAAACACACUUUCUGAAAAUAUCUCAAAAAAUGCUGUAAUAUAUUUGUAAUUAUUAAUGUGCUAAUGGAAUAUGUUUGAGCAGUCUAGGUUUGCAUAACUGAGUCCCAAAUCCUGCUCACUUUAAUUGCUUGAGUAGAUGGUUCUCUUAAAUGGGGACUGUUUUAAACUGAGCAAGAUUUGGCCUCGAGGUCUUCUGCCUGGAGAAGA